AUGGCGUUGAAACUAAUGGACCCAAACUCCACUCUAUCAUCUCCAUUCUUCUCCCCUGUGGAGAACGGCCACAACGUUUCAGUGAACCAUACCUCCUCUCGUCCAUAUCCUUAUCCAGACGUCACCUACGUGGACUUCUAUCUGCAUGAGCCCUUGGUGUCCGCUAUCUUCAUAGUAUCCUACCUCCUCAUCUUUAUUGUGUGCAUGGUGGGAAAUGGAGUGGUGUGCUUCAUUGUUCUAAGGAGCAAGAACAUGCGUACGGUCACCAAUCUCUUCAUUCUCAACCUUGCUAUCAGUGACCUGUUGGUUGGCAUCUUCUGCAUGCCUACAACAUUGGUGGACAAUAUCAUCACAGGCUGGCCUUUUGGCAGUUUGGUGUGUAAGUUGAGCGGGAUGGUGCAGGGAAUAUCUGUAUCUGCCUCUGUCUUCACACUAGUGGCCAUCGCUGUUGACAGAUUCCGCUGCAUUGUCUAUCCCUUCAAACAGAAGCUCAAUAUCUCCACCUCCACCCUCAUCAUCAUCAUCAUCUGGGUUCUGGCCAUCUCCAUCAUGUGUCCGUCUGGUGUCAUGCUACAGGUCACCAAAGAGCACAGAGUCUCUAUCUUGCUAAGCGAUGGCAACAGCACACAACCCUUCUACUGGUGCCGUGAGAACUGGCCAAACCAGGAGAUGCGCAAGAUUUACACCACAGUACUCUUCGCUAACAUUUAUUUGGCACCUCUGACCCUAAUUGUCAUCAUGUACGCCCGGAUUGGAAUCACGCUCUUCAAAACAUCCAUGCCUGUCCCUGUGAGCCAAGUUGGGACUUCAGGCUCCGGUUGUAGCGUUGGGAAAAACAGCAGAUAUGAAAGUCGUCAGCUGGUGUCCCGGAAAAAGAAGCGGGUCAUUAAAAUGUUGCUAGUGGUGGCCCUGCUCUUCAUCUUGUCCUGGUUGCCGUUGUGGGCACUCAUGAUGCUGAGUGACUACGCAAGCCUGAGUGAGCGUCAGCAUCGUAUUAUUAACAUCUAUUUUUAUCCUCUGGCCCACUGGCUGGCGUUCUGUAACAGUAGCGUUAAUCCCAUAGUCUAUGGGUUUUUCAAUGAGAACUUUCGCAAAGGUUUCAAGGCAGCCUUUAAGCUUCAGCUCUGCUCAGCCCAUUCGGGGAUGAGAAGGAGCUACUCUCACCGUCUGCAGGGGAAUGCUGUAUUACCUGCCAACUUGCCCCUGACCAAGGAGUCUGCACUGGAGGCUGGAGGUCCGAGACCAGGACAGGUGCUCAUCCAAGAGCUGGUGUCGGUGGGCAGCGGGAGGGGUCUGGGUGACAGAAGCCAGUCUUCAGGCAAGGAAAACGCGAAAGAACAGGAUCUGAUCAUGGAAGAUCUGGAGAAGGUAAUGUACGAUCUAUAG